AAUUUGAUUUUUCAAACAUAUAGUAGCACUAUAUUCAGCGGAUUGCCAGCCAUUCAGCGACAAUCGGUAGCCAUUUUGGCAAUGACAUCUUUUCUUUCAAUUCGUGAAAGUAUACGUCGCAAUCAGUAGGUUUUUGUGUUACGUGAAAAAAGGUGUUAAAUAACUAAACAAAAUUGAAAAUAUAUACAGAAAAUAGUGUUAAUUUAAACAAUCUAUGAUUUGAAAUUGAAUUGAAGGCACUUGAAAUGGAUACAUCUAUGAAAACGAAGGAAGAAAAUGAAGCGCGGGUGGCAGAGGAAUAUCUUUCUAGCUUAUCUGAUCUUACUUGCAACAGUAAACCAUUAAUAAAUAUGCUAACUAUGUUAGCAGAGGAAAAUAUUGGAUGUGCUUCAGUGAUAGUAAAAGUGGUGGAACAACACAUCGUUAAGGUACCGCCAGAUAUAAAGUUGCCUUUGCUAUAUUUAAUAGAUUCGAUUGUGAAAAACGUAAAAAGCACAUAUAUUCAUCUCUUCAGUCAAUGUAUUGUAAACAUAUUCUGCGAUGUGUUUGAAAAGGUCAAUGAAAAAGUUCGUGAGCGUAUGUAUGCGUUACGGCUCACUUGGAAUGAGGUUUUUCCCGCACAGAAACUUUACGCAUUGGACGUGAAAGUGAAGCGUAUUGACAACAAUUGGCCGAUCACAGCAAAACAAGCACAACCAUCCAUACACGUGAAUCCUAACUUCCUUAAGCAAAAUUACGAACUCAAAGUUCAAGCUGGUGAUGUAGAGGAAAUCUUGCAAGCUAAAACACGAGAAUUGCUAGAGUUGAAAAAACGUAAGCUCGAACUGGAAUUGGAGGCGACGAAAAAGAGUUUGGAAGAGCAAGAUAAGCAGCUGUCUAAAGUAACAAAUGGUCUCAUGCAACCUGAUGCCAUGAACGCUAUGCCCGGUGUACGAAUGCCAGGUGUGCCGCCUCAAAUAAUGCCACCUGGCAUGAUGCCACCCGGCAUAAUGCCUCCACAUCAUAUGCAUCCACGUGCAUCGCAUCCCGCUCUGAUGAGUGGCGCUGGUGUACCACCAGCAACACUAUUUCAUCCUAAUUUUCAUCAAACCAGGCCACAACAGCCAACACACGUACCAGUCGGCAUGAUGAAUAUGCCACAGAAUUUUCCACCUGCAAGCGGCGUCAACAAACCAAAAGUGCAUCCAGUUAAUCCGGCAUUGCUCAAUACCAUAAGGCAUCGUGAUCCACGUUUGGCGCGCCAACAACAAAUGCAAGAAUCGGCGCCGUCAAUGCGUGGCUCAUCAAAAUCCUCUUCUUCGUCGUCAGCAUCACGCAGUGCCGACGAUGCACAUAAAGCUGACAGCAAGUCAUCCUCGUCAUCUUAUCGCAACGGUAGCAGCAAAAGUAGUCGGGGUGAUGUUGGUAGCACAGCUUCAGAAAGUAGACAUACUUCCUCAUCUAGCACUGAACGCACACGUAAAGGCAGCUCAACGCGCGACAAAGAUAAAGAUCGCAAACGUAGUGAAUCGAAAAGUUCAACAUCUUCCGGUGGUUCGAGUUCCUCUGAGCGUCAUAAGAGCUCUUCGUCGAGCACAGCGACGGGCGUAAUCAGCAGUCGCAGCAGUAAAAAAUCGACAAGUACUAAAUGUGAUAAGGAUGCUUUUGAGAUAGCACCACUUUCAACGACAUUCAAACGCAAAUCUUCUACAACAUCGCUGUCAGGCAGCGAAUCAUCGUCGUCGUCACGCAAAAAAGAUGCGAAACGCAAAACUCAUACAUCACCAACAUCGCAAAAACAUCGUUCACGCAGUCGUUCACCAAUCGAAACAGCAAUUAACAGCGCGAGCAUUAAUAUUAGUGCCGAUCGUGACGAUAGGCUUGCAAUACCGGCCUUCUCCAGCAAGAAUCAAUCGAAAGGACCCAGUGCAAUCAGAAGUGAUUCUGAUCAUGAGGAGGAGCUGAAAAACGCUGCAUUAAGAAUAGAGAAGAAAAAUAUUAAAAUAGUGACCGACGGAUGUUUGGCAUUUGCUGCGCAAACGGACACUGACUUAAGGCAAUUCCUAAAUCCAAUCGCUGCGUACGCGCCAAAUUUAGAGCAAAGCGUUAGAUCAGCCGAGGCGGCGGCGGCGAAAGUAGAAAAUACCACUACAAUAGCAUUUACUCCCACAACAACAACCACAUCGGCAAAAGUGUCGUUUAAAAUUCAGAAAAUGUUUAAUAAAUUGGACAAAUCUACAGCGCAACAACAACAACACCACCAACAAACAACAUUGGCAUUAAUGUCGACUGCAGGAGCCUCAACAACAACAACAGCGGGACCGAUUGUACUCGAUCAUGACGACGAUAUGAUGCCAGCAACAAUAACAUCAUCAUCAUCAACGACAACAGCAACUGCCAAUGCUAAGAAUGCAACAACAGCAAACAACAACAUCAUGUCAACGAAAGGAAGCAGAGCUGGCGCAGCGGUGGACGACGCUGAUGGUAGAGAUGAUGGUGUUCGCAUUGGCGCUAGCAUUAGUAGCAGCGCAAGCGUUGGGCGUCAUAACAGCUCGGACUCCAUAGAGCAGCAGUUGAGCAAAGCUAAGGUGGCAACGUUGUCGUCAAAGGAAUUCGAUGUGGAGCCCAUGGACAUUGAUAAGGUUAAGGUCAGCGAGAAGAGUGAUGAAAAGAAGCGACUCUCCUCACCAAAUGAAGAUCGGGAUGAACCUUUGCCCAAGAAGAGUAGAUCAGCGAAAUUCGAUGCUUUAUUCGGUGAUGAAGAUGUUGAUUUACGUACCGUUAUGCCACCACAAAUACUAGCUGUACAACAACACUUGCAGAAGAAGCCACACAGACGUGAAAGCAAAUCGCCCGAACCACCGCCACCACCAUUUAUCACAGACGAGCAAAAUGCGGAAAGCUGGAACAAUUUGAAGACCUCAAAAACGCCUAAAUCCACUUCUCCUUCGAAAAAAUCAUCGACCCUGGAUGACGUGCGCGCCAAACUGGCAAAAGCAACAAAAUAUAGUAAACUCAACAAAAGUGAAAAGUCUAACAAAGAUUUAACGCGUGUGAAACUUUCAGAGCCACAAUUAAAUGAUGAUUCACAAGAUGCCAACGAUGAGAAAAUACGCACCAUCGUGGCACAGGCACAAGAGCUACUCGAAGCCAACUCCAUUAAUCAGGAUCAAUAUAAAAAUCUUAUGCAGAAGGUCAUGUCCAUAAAUGAGUCGAGCAAAUUGAAGGAGGCGAAAAAACGCGAAUCUCUUGGCGCUGGUCAAACAGCGCAAACGUCGAAGCAGGCAGCGGUAGCUGAGGAAACGGCUGAAGAGCAGCGCGCAGCCGCCGCACGUGAAGCUGUACUCAAGAAACGUAUACCAAAGCUACGCCGCGUUUCAGUACCUACGGCCGAUAAUAAUGCUAAUAGCAGUAGCACGUCAACUGCUGCCGCAACGGAGCAGACUAAUAGUGGCAGCAACCCAUCAACAACGCGUUCACCGAUUUAUGAGGAGCGCAGCAAUGACAACACGGAUGUAGUGUUGCCACAACGUGCUAAGCCACAGCGUGAAAAACGUGUGAAACCUAGCAAGUGGGGUGAGAAAAUUGAUUCGUCCAUUAACCCGACUCUGGCAAACAACAAUCUAAAUCAACCUAAACCAUGGACCAAGGGCAAUAUGAUGCGUCCACAUCCAGGUGUUGGGGGCUUCAGAGGUGGGCCACCACCCAAUAUGCCCAACAUGAACAAUAUGCAUCCAUCAUCCAUGCCCUGGCAAAUGCAAAUGCCACCCAACGGUGGUCCACCAUUUGUGCCAGCUGGCCCAAUGAUACGCAGCAGCGUGCCGCCACCACCACAGGCACCAAUAUUGCCAAUUAUACCACUACCGCCCAGCAUACCGAAACCCUGCAAUUCCAUCGAUAAUCCACAAGCCGAUCUAGUGCGUACGAUAACUAUAGAUGGUCUCUCCAAGGAGAUACGCAUUUACGAUCAAGUCGCCAUUGUAUUUAUGGAACUGGAUCAGCCACGUGAAAUCGGUUUUCAAGCCGGACAACGCUCGAUCAUCAUUGAUGACCAACCACCGAUUGCGUUGCAAUUCAAUGAUGACUACAAAACCUUCAACAUCAGCGGGCAGCCACAUCGUCUACGUUUCGGUUUUCCAUCGCGUGAACUAUACAUAGAUGAUCAGUGGUAUGAGAUAUAUUUUGGUGGGCCGCCCGUUUCUAUACCCGUACAAAAUCGUAUACACAUACUGAAAGCGGAGGGACCACCGCCACAAGUGAAUAUCGGUGCGCUGCGUCGUGACUUGGUUGUUGGCAAAAUCAAUAUGAUCGUCGAUGCACACAUCGUCAUACCGUUGUUCUUAGAUGCGAAACCGCAAACCUUUAAAUUGGGCAAUCAAGAUCACACUGUACAGUUCGCGGAUAAUUUGCUUACCGUGUUGUUGGAUGGUGAACCAGCGAAAGUGGAGUAUGGUGGCUUGCCAAAAAGCUACUUGCUCGGCGGUGUAAGCUAUUUCAUACGCUUUGGCGCUCUGCCACAAGGCUUGAAACCGGGUCUAAUAGCGGUAAAAGAUAUGAUUUAUGUAAAAACGGAGCCACCAGCACCACAGCCCCUCAUACCAGCUAUCGCGGCAAGCGCAAAUGCCACAACUGAUGUAAAACCAGCUGAGAGUAUGAAGUCAGAGAUUGAGGCUAAGACUGAAAUCAGCGUCAUGGCCGAACAAGCUGUGCCACUACUAACUACCGAAAACAAAACAGAUGCAGCUGUUAAAGCGCCCGUUACGGAGCAAUUAACGGAUGAAACGAGUGAACCACAGGUGGUGGGCACCGCAGGCAGUGGCAAUUCGGCUAUACCGAUAUUCUCCGCAACGGCAUUAAAUAAAAUCAACAUCGAUGAACUAUUCCAGAAACUAGUCUCAUCUGGCAUAUUGGGCGGCGGUGGCGCUGGUAAUGUUAUUGCGCCGAGCAAUAAAGAUGCUGGUGUUUUGCCAUCAGCCGCUGCGCCCGAAGAGGAGCUACCACAACCAAUUGCCAUACAGCCGAUUGACUUAGGCAAAUCGGAAACGAUUAAAACACGUCAAAUGGCACUUGUGGACACACUCUUUUCUGGCAUGCAGUGCAGUAGUUGUGGUGUGCGUUUUCCGCCAGAGCAAACUAUUAAAUAUAGUCAGCAUUUGGACUGGCAUUUCCGGCAGAAUCGUCGUGAGCGGGACCAGUCACGCAAAGCGCAUUCUCGCAAAUGGUACUACGAUCUCGCCGAUUGGGUGCAAUAUGAGGAGAUUGAAGAUUUGGAGGAGCGUGAAAAGAAUUUCUUUGAAGCGCAACAAAAUGAUAUCGAAACUGUCGAUGAGACAUCCAAUCAGAAAUGGCUCAAUUCACCGACGCCACUCAGUUGUCCAGCAUUACCGGAAGAUGUGGAUCGCGCUUGUGAUAUGUGUCAAGAGAAGUUGGAGCAAUUCUAUCACGAGGAAACUGAGGAAUGGCAUUUACGUAAUGCCAUCAGGGUGAACGAUAAGAUAUAUCAUCCGUUAUGUUAUGAGGAUUACAAGGCUGCGCUCAAUGCUAAGGAUGAGAAGCCUGAUAAAAAGACGGAAGAAGCUCCGGCUGGCGGGGAUAUGGAAGCUGACGAUGAUGUCAUUAUUAAGAUUGAAGGCGACGACCACAGUGACGUUGAAGGUACUGCUGCGAAAAGCACCGAUAAUGCCAUGGAUGAUGAUGACGAUGACGUUAUCGUAUUGCCGAAUGAAGAACCUUCAGUAACAGAAAUUGAGGAUGACGAUGAAUACGUGCCAGAGAGUGUACCGCCCACGAGCGAAAAAGCUACCAUUGACGUUGAUUCAGAUGAUGAAAACAAAAAAGAGGAGAUGGAGAUCGUGAAGGAAGCAGGGGAGGAGGAAGAAAAUGAUGCAGCUGAUGCAGACGCCGCUGGAUCAGAUGUAGAAAUACAAGAACCACACAUUCCAUUCACAGAUUUGGAUACAUAUGUGGAGAAAGAGCAACCGGAAGCCGAUGAAACAUCACAAAUGUCAUUCAUGAAUGUGAAAAUCAAGGAAGAACCCAAGGAUGACGACGAGGAUGAAGAUGAUGGAUUCGAAGAUGUAGGCACUGUGGUGAUACCGCUUGAUGAAGAAAUUUCCAUACAGAGUAGUGAAGAAACCCAAACUCAAACAAUUACAUCGUCAACGUCCGGCAUGUCGCCCACUGCCGAACGCCCACCAUCCUCACAGUCUCUCGUGCAAGUUGACGAAACAGAAUUCACUGAAGGUUCGGCUGCGCCUAUCGAGUUGAAUACCUCCAUCGAUGGCAAUCCGGGCAAUGAAGAAGAUGAACAUAAUCUAUCCACAGUUGGUCCAUCACCUGCGAUACCAUUGGCUAGCUUAGUUAAUAAAAUUAAAAUAAAUAUUGCUAAGAGUAGUAUAACAGCAAAUAGUAAUAGUAAUAAUAAUAGUAAUAAUACUGGUAGCAGCACCUCCCAAACAGGUGCAGCCAUACCAACAACAACAAACACAUUAGCCACCAACAAUUCAAUGAAUAGUAGUAGUAGUAGUCCCACAAAAGGUUCAACAACAACGUCUGAUGCCUUUCACGCAGGCGACGAUAAUGCUGAGAACGCCGCAAACGUUGGCGAUACCACCGCAGCGCAAUAUAGCAAUGUCUCGGCAAUAAGUGUGGUAUCCACAAUACCGGUACUGUGUGGCGGUGGUACUAUGAGUGCACGAACCAUGACGACAGUAGCACCUCCUCAGCCGGCGGUGUCGAGCAGUAGCAAUUUAAAGAGCAUAGCUGCCAAUGAUGAGUCUAGUGUAAGUACGAUAUCUGUUAUUGGCAGCUAUAGUGGCUCAUCCUCCACACCGCGCUACUUCCCACCAUCCACAACCAGCAGCGCUGCUUCAGUAACUGCAGCUGCAUCCAGGCGUCAAACAACAGCGCCGCCAAAGCCGUCAACGCCACCGCCACCAGAAGAGGAGACGCCGUCGUACGAGUUGAAACCCGCGCUGCAAAGUGCGAAACUCAAAAAAAUGACUAAAGUAAAAUGCGGCGUCGAGACAUCGGGACUCUGUUCUGUUAUGUAAACAGCGUGGCGAGGCGCAUGCGUAAAUACCUAAUAUUAGUGUAGGCGAAUUUUCGAAUAUUUUUAAGUAAUUUAAUGGUAUACCAGGAAAAGCUAUCCCUUCUUCUUUGGAAGCAUUUCACAUUGGAAUGUGAAUGGAUGAUUUUACGCUAUUGUGUAUAUAUGUAUAUUAACACAUAUACAAGUGAUUAAGCGUAAUACAUAUGUAUGUGCGUGGAUUAUGUUUUAGAAUGUUUGAGGGAAUUACAUAUAUAUAUAUGUAAACUUUAAUGUAAUUUUAAUUUAAAUAUCCACAGGUACAACAAAAACAAUAGUGUUUUUAGUUGAUUUUUCUAUUCAAUCAUAAUUUUGAGCAUAUUCUUUUCGAAACACUUAAUUCAAUUAAACUGCGCAACAUGAAUGUACACACAUUUCACUGUGCUCGCGCAGAACAGGAGUGUGUGCAUGCGUGCGGGUAUGCGUUUGACUCGUACCUUUUGAAUAUGGGUCACAUUACAUUACUCGCUCCUUAUAGUCAUCUCCCAGUUUUACAACCACUUGGACACAUUUCGAAAUAUAUGCAUACCAAUAAACAGAAAAAUAAAGAACACUUUGUUAUUACUUACUUGCUUACUUUACUUACUUAUUAUUUGUAAAAAAAAAACCGUUCGUCAUGAAUAAUAUGAAUAAACUGCAUUAUUAAAAUAUUAACUGAAUUAAAA